UUUAAGCGACUCAACUAUAGAAUAAGCUUUCGCUGUCACUAUGAGUAUGAUGAAGGUGACCACUGACCAAUUUGACCCUUAAUAUAAUAUAUAAGUGACAUUGGUUUAUUUAACAACCAAGGUUAUUUAGGUAAUUUAGCUCCUUCCCGUCGUCCAUAAAACCAGAUCAUCCUCGUCUCAUCUAAACACAAAACACAAGCUAUAAUAUAGUACUUCACCAAAAAUAAAAUGGGUGAUGACAAGAGCAAGGUUUUGAUCAUUGGAGGCACUGGCUACAUUGGGAAGUUCGUGGUGGAAGCGAGCGCUAAGGCAGGGCACCCCACGUUUGCUCUGGUGAGGGAGACCACACUGAAUGACCCUGCUAAGGGACAACUCGUUCAAAAAUUCAAAGACUUGGGUGUCACUUUGCUUCACGGUGAUCUUUAUGAGCAUGAGAGUUUGGUCAAGGCCAUCAAGCAAGUUGAUGUGGUGAUAUCAACGGUGGGUCACAUGCAGGUGGCUGAUCAGGUUAAAAUCAUCGCUGCCAUUAAAGAAGCUGGAAAUAUUAAGAGAUUUUUUCCAUCGGAGUUUGGUACAGAUGUGGAUCGUAACAAUGCAGUAGAACCAGCCAAAUCAGCCUUUGAAAUGAAGGUCCAAAUCCGUCGAGCGGUGGAGGCUGAAGGAAUCCCUUACACAUACGUGGCUAGCAACUGCUUCGCUGGCUAUUUUCUUCCCACAUUGAUUCAGCCAGGAGCCACUUCUCCUCCUAGAGACAAAGUCAUUAUCUUAGGCGAUGGAAAUCCAAAGGCGGUUUUCAACAAGGAGGAUGACAUUGGGACGUACACCAUCAGGGCUGUGGAUGACCCAAGAACCUUGAACAAGAUACUCUACAUUAGGCCCCCAAAGAACUGUUACUCAUUUAAUGAACUCGUUGCCCUUUGGGAAAAAAAGAUUGGUAAAACUCUUGACAAAGUCUACGUUUCAGAGGAGCAAAUUCUCAAAGACAUCCAAGAGUCUCCAAUUCCAAUCAACAUUUUCCUAUCAAUCAACCACUCGGCAUUUGUGAAGGGAGACCUUACCAACUUUGAAAUUGAACCAUCAUUUGGAGUGGAGGCUUCUCAACUCUACCCAGAUGUCAAAUACACCACUGUCGAAGAAUACCUUGACCAGUUUGUAUGAGAAGAUUAAUUAUAUGGUUAUUUUCCAAAUAAGUUUUUAAUCAUAUAUUAUAUGUAUUUAAUUACUUGCUAUUCCAGCGGAUCAAAUCAGUGGUUGUGUUGUUUACAAGUUCCUUGUUUCUCUUUCCCCUUACUUUGAGCUUGUAUUGUGUAAUUUCAUCAUUAAAUAAUAAAAAAAAAUUAAAAAGGUCUGUGCUA